UGUAGUUUGUUUGUACAGUUAUUUUUUUUUUCUUUCCCUUUUUUCCAUGUGAUAAACAGUUUGUUUGUUCAAUUCAAUUUGCAAAAGAGAUCAUCAUCGACACUGUUAUUUCUCUUUACACACACACUCUCUCUCUCCUUCUUCAUUUCCAGAUCCAAAGGGACGAAUUAGCAACUGAUUCAUUCCCAGAUCGUUCAAUUGCAUCUUCCCCAGAUCUCCAAAUUCUCAGCUUCAGCUCUCAUUUGUGGAGCUAACCACUAAUCAAACUUGUAAACAGUUAAAAGAAGUCAGCACUCCUGGAUCUGAUCGAGCUUUCCCAUAGUUUCAAAACGGACCCAAUCAUGAAUCCCUUCUCCUCCGGCACGCGUCUCAGGGACAUGAUUAGGGCUAUACGUGCUUCCAAAACUGCAGCAGAAGAGCGUGCCGUAGUAAGAAAAGAGUGUGCUGCUAUUAGAGCUUCAAUCAGUGAAAAUGAUCCAGACUAUAGACAUCGUAAUCUUGCAAAACUCAUGUUCAUUCACAUGCUUGGUUAUCCAACACAUUUUGGUCAAAUGGAAUGCUUGAAGUUAAUCGCAUCUCCGGGAUUUCCAGAAAAACGAAUAGGAUAUCUUGGUCUAAUGUUGCUGCUUGAUGAAAGACAAGAAGUUCUCAUGUUGGUUACAAAUUCUAUAAAACAAGAUCUUAAUCACACCAACCAAUAUAUUGUUGGACUUGCACUUUGUGCCUUGGGGAACAUUUGUUCUGCAGAAAUGGCUCGUGAUUUAGCACCUGAAGUUGAAAGGUUGCUGCAGUUUAGAGAUCCUAAUAUUCGAAAGAAGGCAGCACUUUGCUCUAUAAGAAUUAUAAAGAAGGUCCCAGAUCUUGCGGAAAGUUUUGUAAACCCUGUAGCUGCCUUGCUUAAAGAGAAGCACCAUGGAGUUCUCAUCACUGGUGUCCAGCUUUGUGCAGAUCUAUGUAAAGUUAGUACAGAGGCCCUUGAAUAUUUUAGAAAGAAAUGCACAGAUGGUUUAGUGAAAGUUCUAAAGGAUGUUGCCAACAGCCCGUAUGCACCUGAGUAUGACAUUUCUGGCAUUACAGACCCUUUUCUUCAUAUAAGAUUGCUCAAGGUCUUGCGUGUUUUGGGCCAAGGCGAUGCUGACACUAGUGACUCCAUGAAUGACAUUCUUGCUCAGGUGGCAACAAAAACGGAGUCGAACAAAAAUGCAGGCAACGCUAUUCUCUAUGAAUGUGUUGAAACUAUCAUGAGCAUUGAAGAUAAUGGUGGUUUACAUGUGCUUGCUAUUAAUAUUUUGGGAAGAUUUUUGUCCAACCGUGACAAUAAUAUCAGAUAUGUGGCUCUGAACAUGCUGAUGAAAGCUAUAGCUGUAGAUAGUCAAGCAGUACAGAGACAUAGGGCAACAAUUUUGGAAUGCGUGAAGGACUCUGAUCCAUCAAUUCGUAAAAGAGCCCUUGAUCUAGUGUAUCUAUUAAUAAACGACAGCAAUGUGAAGCCAUUGAUCAAGGAGUUAACUGAACAUCUGGAAGUAAGUGAUCCAGAGUUUAAGGGAGAUCUGACUGCCAAAAUCUGUUCUAUUGUGGAAAAGUUCUCCCCUGAGAAAAUUUGGUACAUUGAUCAGAUGCUCAAGGUCCUCUCCGAGGCUGGAAAUUAUGUGAAGGACGAGGUGUGGCAUGCUCUGAUUGUGGUGAUUACAAAUGCUUCUGACCUCCAUGGAUAUGCUGUACGAUCUUUAUAUAGAACCGUGCAAACAGCAGGGGAACAGGAAACUCUUGUCCGAGUUGCAGUUUGGUGCAUUGGAGAGUAUGGUGAAAUGUUAGUCAGUAAUUUCGGAAGGCUUGACAUAGAAGAACACCUAACUGUGACAGAGUCGGAUGCUGUGGAUGUGGUGGAGAUAUCGAUCAAAAGCCAUUCGUGUGAUCUUACAACUCAGGCAAUGUGUCUGAUUGCUUUGUUAAAGCUGUCAAGUCGCUUUCCAUCUUGUUCACAGCGGAUAAAUGAUAUCAUUGGUCAGUAUAAAGGAAGCUUUGUGCUUGAACUGCAACAGAGAGCUAUUGAAUUUAACUCGAUUAUUGAGAGGCAUCAGAAUAUGAGGUCUUCACUAGCAGAGAGAAUGCCAGUUCUGGAUGAAGCAACUUUCAGCGGAAGGAGAGCUGGUUCUGUGCCGGCAGCUGUGUCAACUUCAAAAGGAGUAUCAGUUAAUCUUCCAAAUGGAGCUGCCAAACCCAGUAUUGCUCCUGUUGCUGACUUACUCGAUCUUAGUUCAGAUGAUGCUCCUGCACCUAGCUCUUCUGGUGGAGAGUUUCUUCAGGAUCUUCUUGGUGUCAAUCUGACGCUAGUGUCUUUGCAAUCAGAUACAAAUCAGGGCCAAAAGAGUGGUACUGAUGCUUUACUCGAUCUUUUGUCAAUUGGAACUCCUCCUGCUCAAAGCAGCUCAUUGACAGCUCAGAUGUUAUCCUCCAAUACAGACAAUAAAAGUCCAUUGGAUAUAUUAGAUAGACUGUCCACACCUUCAGCUCCUUCAGCGCAAGUCUCAUCUACAAGUGGAAAUUCUUUUAUGUUGGAUUUAUUGAAUGGGCUUCCUUCCAGUCCACCGAUGUCUGAAGGCAAUGGUCCAGGACAAUCAUCAGUUACUGCGUUUGAGAGCAGCUCCUUGAAAUUAACAUUCAAUUUGUCAAAGCAGCCUGGAAACCCACAGACAACACUUGUUGAAGGUAGUUUCACGAAUAAGUCACAAGAUGUUUUCACGGACUUCAUCUUCCAGGCAGCAGUUCCAAAGUUCCUUCAACUGCAAUUGGAUCCAGCUAGCGGUAAUACCCUACCUGCAAGCGGUAAUGGAUCAAUCACACAAAAGUUAAGAGUCACAAACAGCCAACAUGGCAAGAAAUCCAUUGUCAUGCGUAUACGGAUAAGUUAUAAGGUCAAUAACAAAGAUGUCUUGGAGGAAGGCCAAAUCAACAAUUUUCCUCGUGAUUUGUAAGGUUGAAUGGCUCUAUAAGAGGAUGCUUUGUAGCAUUUCGUCUUUUUUUUUCACUAUGAAGAAGCUUCGGCUCGUUGUUUGUACUCCCUUGUGCAAUUUAUUCAAUUGUUUUGAAGAAGUGGCAGUCUGGUUGAGCUUCAAGUGGUGGCUUUACAUGGGAAUCACUCAGAUGCCUGACAUUGCUUACUUCUUUUUUACCUUCCAAGGUCGCAUUGUAAAUUAUGAUCUGAUAACCGUGUACGCCAUUGUCAAAGUCAAUUUUUGCCUCUGAGGAGCUCAAAGGAGGAGGUCAUGUGUUGGACUAGAUAAAAUUUCUGAGAUGUGCAUUGUGCUAGUAUCAUUUUGUUCUAAGAUUUUGGGUGAUCAGAUUCAAAAUGAAGAAUUAUAAUACAGGUUUUCCAGUUGGCUUGGCAAUAUUUUUAUCACAUGUGCCAUUGUAAGUGGGAUAUAUUCAGUUGUUAUAACGGAGCGCUUCUCCAUUGCUUAUAAUCUUGGGUUUGCCUAUCGCUAAUUCAUAUUCUUCAUUUUUA